CAAUAAUAAUCAAUUAGCGCGUAUUCUAAGAGCGUGUGUUUAAUGAAAAUCUAGUCUUAUAAUAGUUUAAAGCCAAACUUACGGAAAAAUGUCAAUAUGUAAACGCGUACAGCAAUGGGCUACAUUUGCACGAACUUGGCACAUCUAUGAUUGUACUUGGCAGAAUCCUUUCGAUUCGGCUAAAAUUAUUUCGAAACAUUUAAUGGGCAUGAAUAAACCAAUUUAUCAUCCAAUGAUCGUCAAUUGUCUGUUAUUGUCCAGUAGAUCCAGUAGAGUUAAUUUGUGUGUGAAGAGAUUUUUACUUAAGACUGUUCCGGUGUACUUGACGCAAAAAAGGAAUAUUAUGGGCCGCCUGGGAAAAGUAGAUCCUAGUUCAUAUUCUCAACCGGAAUUAAUUACUACCUUGCACAGUGAUUUGCUUUGGCAAGUCGAUUUCAAGAAUACUAAAUUGAUAGGCUCCGUAACGCACAAAUUCAACGUAUUGGAGAAAAACUUGCCAGCAAUUAUUUUGGAUGUUCGCGAUAUAAAAAUAACUAAUGCCGAGCUUAUAUGUGAUAAAUCACAUAUUCCCUUAAAUCACUUCAUAAGUGAACCAAUAGACGAUAUUGGCGCUAAGCUUACCUUAGAAUUGCCUCAAGGCACAGCUCCAGGACACCUUUUGGUACGUAUUGACUACGAAACCUCUAGCGCGGCCAGUGGUCUACAAUGGUUAACUCCUGAGCAAACUUUAGGUAAAACACAUCCCUAUAUGUUCAGCCAAUGUCAAGCCAUACAUGCCCGGUCCAUUUUACCAUGUCAAGAUACACCAGCCGUGAAGUUCACUUAUGAGGCCACCGUGGACCAUCCUUCCGAUUUGACAGCGCUAAUGAGCGCUUUGAUUGACAAAAGGGAUCCGGGUUGUACAACAUUCAAACAAGAAGUUCCCAUUCCGGCUUACCUUCUCGCUAUAGCGAUAGGGAAACUAGUAUCCAAGCCGCUGGGCCCACAAUCGAAUGUUUGGGCAGAACAGGGCAUAAUUGAUGAGUGUGCUGAAGAAUUCUCGCAAACGUCAGAGAUGCUUAAAACAGCCUCUGAUAUUUGUGGGCCUUAUGUUUGGAAACAAUAUGAUCUUUUGGUAAUGCCUCCAUCAUUUCCUUUUGGCGGCAUGGAGAAUCCAUGUUUAACUUUUGUUACUCCUACUUUGUUGGCCGGUGAUAAAUCAUUGGCUGACGUAGUGGCCCAUGAAAUUGCUCACAGCUGGACGGGAAAUUUGGUCACAAAUAAAAAUUUCGAGCAUUUCUGGUUAAACGAAGGUUUUACCGUAUUUGUGGAAACUAAAAUUGUGGGACGUAUGCAUAGCAACAAAGAGCGUGACUUUCACAUGCUACGUAAUCUAACCGAUCUUCAAGAAUGUAUUCGAACACAAUUAGCUAAUCAACCGGAGUUGACUAAAUUAGUAGUUGAUUUGUCUAAUUGCGGUCCGGAUGACGCGUUUUCUAGUGUUCCUUACAUCAAAGGAUCGACUUUCCUGCGUUAUAUUGAAGAUCUUUUGGGUGGGCCUGAAAUAUUUGAACCUUUCCUGCGUCAAUACUUACAAAAGUAUGCGUACAAAUCCGUUAUAACUGAUGAUUUUAAGCAGGCUUUAUAUGACUAUUUUAAUGGGACGGAUAAAAAAGAAAAAUUAACAGAAAUCGAUUGGGAUAUGUGGCUAUCGUAUGAAGGAAUGCCACCAAUCAUACCUAAGUUUGAUGAAACUCUGGCGAAUGUUUCCAAACAAUUGGCACAACUGUGGGCCACGAAGACAACUUCCGAGUUAAGAGAUUUACCCGGCGUGAAACAGCGAAUUUCUUCACAUCAAUUGAUCGAUUUUUUGGGUAAACUUAUCGAGUGCAAGGGGAUAAAAGAUUUAAAUGAACAAAAGAUUGAAUUGUUGGAAACUGUUUACAGUUUAAAGAAUACGAAAAAUGCUGAAGUACGUUUUCGCUUAAUGCGUCUCUAUAUCAUGGCCAGAUUACUCGAUCGUUUAGACGAAAUUAUUGCGUUCGCCAAUUCUAAUUUUCGUAUGAAAUUUUGUCGUCCCAUUUAUCGGGAUUUGGCUAACUGGCCCGACGCCAGGCCGAAAGCAAUUGAAAAUUUUAAACGUGUCAAAGGUCAAAUGAUGGCGGUUUGUUCUCACACUAUUGAAAAAGAUUUAGGCUUAAAAUGAAAAUGUCCUUAAAUGUUUUUUUACUUUAACUUUGAUAUACGAUUU